AUGGAUGAUCAAGUGGAAGAAAUAAGAGAUUUACUAUGCGUAUCGCGGUUAUCAUAUAGCGCUAUCGAUGAUGAAGACUUUUCUCAACAAGAUGUACCGCACGUUACUUUAGCUAAACAUCCAUUCCAUAGAAGUUCUUCUUAUCCCUUUCAACAACCAACGCCACCUCCUGGGGCAUCAGGAACGGUUAAAAGUAAUAGCGCCAAAGUACGUUCAGGUAGAGUAUUAUCACCACUAAGUGAUAUUACCAAAAAAAAAGAAGAUAUUCGCCCUAAUAGCGGCCCAGUAAGGCCACUACAUACGAUCAAUAGUAAAGCAACUUCUAAAACACCUCAAACGAUUGCCAAACAACAGGCGGUUUUGCCGUCUAUACAACCUCUAAUCAAAACAGAAGACCUCGAAUCAAUUAUAACUAGAGUAGAUAGUAAUAUUCUUGAGAAUUGGUUGAAGGAAUCCAAUAAAUUAGUGAUGAGGUUACAUGAAUGGUGGCAAACUGGUGAUAAUAUGACUCAGUUCAGUCAUUUUUGGAUAUCCGUUUUUCCAUCACAACAAAAGUUAGACCUUUUAAAGAUGGAGUUGGAAAUUAUACGAGAUCAUCUGAUAAUUCUUCUUGGUGGCCAACAAUCACAACUAGAAGAGUCUACUUUAGAACAGCUUAUUUACGCUAUUAUUCCCGAGUUCCCCACUCGAUUUGCUGUCAAUCGACAGCUCUUUUUCUUGGAUGUUGUGUAUACUCUGUCAUCUGGUCGUCAUAAAGCCUACAAGAAGUUGCUUUCAGCGGUCAAGUGUAAAACAAGUAACCGCACCUGUGCUCAAAUUGUCCUUGCUAUACGAUCUCAUGCUCUACUAAAUAUGACAUCUGCAAUUAUUGAGUUUUAUCAUAAACUACAGCAAGAAAACAGUCGUUUUCAACACGAUAAAGUCUCUAAUAUCACAGAAAUUAUCUGUCAAGCAAUUCAGCUUCAAUAUCUCGAUGUUAUACAAUACAUUCUCGAUGAUCAAGUCCUAUCGAUUACAUCAUUAUUACCAGAAGAUUAUAACAGAUUAUUCUUCACCGGAGUGAUGGCCAACUCCUCGUCCAUAUUAACGUAUUUAAUUCAAAAGCAUCCAGGUAAAAUUGAUAUUAAUCAUCAUGGUGAAUCAGGCAAUACACCUCUUCAUGCAGCUAUUGGUCGUGGCGAUACUCUUAUGGUCAAAUGGCUACUAAAGAUAGGUGCUAAGGUUAAUGUUAUUAACGAACAAUGCAAUAAUGCAACUCCAUUACAUCUAGCUGUUAUGAAUGGUGAUGAUGCUAUGGUAAGAAGUUUAGUAGCGGCCGGAGCUGACGUUUAUGCCAAAAUGGGAGACUUAACGCCGCUUGAUAUAGCAAAAGAUUUUGAAAUGGAUAAUUUGAUUGAAUUGCUGAAUGCUAUUCAUCUUGAAUAA